CCAAAGGAAGAUGGACAGGCACCUCAGGAAGUCGAUUCACAACAUAUGUGUGCUGAACCACCCUCAGGAAGUAAUUCUUCCUCCACUGCCUGCACCAGGAGCACAGAGAUUGGGACAGCACUACCUUCUAUAAUUCAAGAGAGUUAUUCUUCUGCACCAUUGACAGAAGAACUUGAAGAGGAAGCAUCAACGCCAAAGUUAAUUGAUGGGUCUUCAGCACAGGGGUCUGGGGUUCUUGGACCCCAAACUCAAGAUGGUCUUCCCACUUGCCUUUUGUGUACAUGCCUAGGGACUACAGUCUACUGUGAUGAUCAUGAGCUUGAUGCUGUUCCACUGUUGCCUAAGAAAACCACAUAUUUCUACUCACGCUACAACAGAAUCAGGAAGAUCAACAGAAAUGACUUUGCUAACUUAAAUAAUUUAAAGAGGAUUGAUUUGACUGCAAACUUUAUAUCAGAGAUCCAUGAAGAUGCCUUCCGGAGAUUGCCCCAACUUGAAGAGCUGGUGCUUCGUGACAAUAGGAUAAGGCAACUCCCUGAGUUACCAUCUACCUUAACAUUCAUCGAUGUUAGUAAGAACAGGCUUGGUCGCAAAGGAAUACGUAAUGAGGCAUUUAAAGAUCUGCAUGACCUGCAGCAUCUUUACAUCACUGACAAUAACUUGGAUCGCAUUCCAUUGCCGCUCCCUGAAAGCCUCCAAGCUCUUCAUCUUCAGAACAACAACAUUCAAGAGAUGCACGAAGACACAUUCUGCAAAAUGAAAGAUUUUACUUAUGUACGUAGGGCUCUUGAAGACAUCAGACUGGAUGGUAAUCCCAUCAACCUGAGCAAAACACCUUAUGCAUACAUGUGUCUGCCCCGUUUGCCUGUUGGUAACCUCAUUUAAACUUUGACA